GAGUUGAACAAAUAGGGUGCUGUGUCCGAAGGCAUGUGAAGAAUUUGGUAAGCAAUGUCAGUUUCAGACGAUGUUGGAUCAAUCAGGAGCCUAAGUCAGAUAUCGGAGGAGGAAACUGUGAAACUAAGUGUGGAUCUUGUAGCUGCUGCAAGGCAUAAUCUUGGGUUCUUGAGACUGGUGGAUGACUCUUACUGGCUUCACCAGAAACCCAGCAUUCUUGAAUCCAUCAGAAGAUAUGAUCAGCUUUGGAUGCCUCUCAUCUCUGAUCUCACAGUCGGUUCAACUCCUCCUAUGGUCCUUCCUCCACUUGAUGUUGAAUGGAUUUGGUUCUGUCACACCUUGAAUCCGGUCAGUUACAGAGAAUAUUGCAAGUCAAGGUUCUCGAAGUUAAUUGGGAAAGCAGCGAUCUUUGAUGAAGAAAAUGAAGAGUAUGCACUGAACAGAUGCAAAGAAAUUUGGGAAUACAGAUAUCCAUCCGAGCCUUUUGAGAGUGAAUUUGAGUUAAAUUUGGAGAAGCCUUGUGUUAUAAAUGAAGAUCUUCUGGAUCAAGUGUCUAAGCAGAGAUAUUUAUACACCAUAUUUAAUGAGCCAUACAGGUCAGAGGUUGUCUAUCUGAUUGCAGCAAGACAAAGCUAUAAAGGCUUUCUGUACAGUUUGAACAGAAUUUCCGAGAGGUGCUCUCUAUUGGUGCCCCCUUCAGAUGUUCUACUUAUGUGGCUGACUCAUCAGAGCUAUCCUACAGUAUAUGCUCAAGACACUAAGGAGUUGGAAGGGCAUAUUGAAAAGGUACAUGGAGCAUGGGAUGAUGUGAAUGUAAAGGAAGGAGCGAUAGAAGAAGCGAAAAACAUGUGGGAGGAAAUAUUUGAUCGACCAUAUGAGAAAGCUGGUGGUUCAGCCAUUGGGAGGGCUGUUCAUGUCAAACCACCUUUUUAUUGGGAUGCCUCAGACACGGAUGUUAAUACAAAGUACAGGUCUUUGGUGCCAAGGCUCUUGCUUGAGUUCUGCAUAUCCGUGAAGCUAAGUAGAGAGACAAGAGCAAUGAAGAGACAGAUGUCAAAUGAAUUUCUACGUCUCCGGAUGGCUAGAUGCCAUAAGGAACUCAAAUUAGAUAAACCAUUGUUAGACUUUAGAUCAGAAUCAUGGCGUAAAGCUUGGCAUCUGUACUGUGAGUUUGGCACAAAGGGAGCGAUACUUGAACUUCGUCAGAGAGGUGGCCGUUGCUUUAAAGGAAGUAACCUGCAAUGUAGCAUUGCAUUUCUUUGGAAUGAUUUAUUGCGUGCACGCUCUCUAACUUGGUCAAAAGAAAUUGAUCAAGUAGUUAAAGCAGAUGCUUCAAUCACUCCACCUGUUCAAGCACCCUACUUGUUGAAAUGCGUCCCAGACCGGGUCACAGAUGAUUCAGGAGCAAUGAUAUCAGAUGUAAUACUUAGAAUGAAUGAGUAUCGGCCUCAGGCUGGUCGGUGGUUGUCUCGCACUGUCCUUGACCAUGCAGGAAGAGAGUGUUUUGUCAUCCGAAUGAGGAUGGGAGGAGGAUUUUGGAGGAGAGGAGGCGAAACACCUUCAGCUGUUAAAUGGGAGGACAGGAUCAUAGAGAUUCGUGAAGGUUCUUGGUCCUACGUUGCUAGUUCGAUUGGCAAAGCCCCUGAGAAAGUUGUAGGCACUGCAACACCUCAAGAACCACCUGAGGAGUGGCAAGCUUCAUGGAACAUCUCAACAGGAAAUGAACUAUUAAUACGUUGGGGGUCUCCAACAUCCAGUUCAGGCUUCAAUUUUGUCAUAAGAAACAAGGAACCUACUGACAGGAUGGUAAGGUUGCUGAAAGGGAGGAAGAUGCAGUAUCAAGUCAAGAAGUCAUCAUCAGCCUCAGACUCUUCUAUCUGCAAAAAACCAAACGAUACGGAUGACGAAGAAGUAGAAGAAGAAGAAGAAGAAGAAGAUGGAUUUAUAACACUGGUCCGGUUCUCAGAGGAGUUGCCAACUGGAAAAGCAACUGCUCUUCUAAAUUGGAAGCUACCGGCAGUGGAGGUACUGCCUGAAGAAGAUGCAGUUUUUGUACUUCUUAUCUGCUUAUCAGUAUUGAGAAGCAUAUCGGAAAUGAAAAAAGAAGACGUGGGAAGCUUGUUAAUCAGGAGGAGGAUAAAGGAACCAAAGCCUGGAGAAAGAGACUGGGGAUCAAUAAUGCUACAUCCCUCUUCAUAUUCUCCAUCUAUUUCUUCACCUUACCUUCAACCCUGGUAUUGGAAUGCCGAGACAGUAGUGGCUUCCAAAACGAUGGAUGAUAUGACAAGGCCAUCAGCUAUGAAUCUCAACCACUCACCAGCAGAAGGUGGGGAUAAGCUGUACAAGGGAGGCGUCUUUGCCCUGAAAAAACUGUAACAGUUGACAUGGAAAAUUCAUACCAGGAUUUGAAAGGUGAUUCAAAGGAUUUGAGGACCUUUUUUUU